AUGGACCGUCUUAAAGCAGAAGUCUACAACGAAGACAAUCCAGUGGCCAAAAUGGAGGCUAAAGCUUCGGUUGAAUUAAUUGCUACUGAGAAUGGCGGUAACAAAGUAAUCUACAACGGUAUAUAUCCUGUUGAGCCAUUUCGCGAAGGUGCUAGAGGUACAUAUGGUGGUGACUUUAUAGCACAAGGUCUUAAUGCGUGUUGGGAAUCCGUUGGUCGCGAAGACUUUCAACCACACUCCUUGCACUCAUAUUUUGUCAAGCCAGGAUCUACAGAGAGUAAUAUAAGAUGGGAAGUUUUGAAGAUAAGUGAUUCCCGAAAUUUUGCCAAUAGAUUAGCCACUGCGUAUCAGAUUCAUACUAAUCAAUUGUUAUUUACGAUUCAAGCAUCUUUUACAAAAAGCAACGACUUGGUGAAGAAAGAUAAAGAGUAUCAGGAACAAUUGGCUGCAGGUGCUAAUGAUAUCAAAGCCGUGCCAUUCCAUUUCAAAAGAAGCCCAAAUGCUGCAUUUUACAAAUACAAGGACCAAAUCGAUGAUUUGGCGUAUAUGGAACACACAAAUGAUAAUAUUGCACAUGCUAUUCCUUUUGACGUUUUGCAACAUACAAAGAACUUUGAUAUCAAUGAGAUUGGUAACCAAGAAUUGUCCUUGUUUGUCAAGAUCUUGGAUGAUUACAAUUUGGGUAAGGACAAAAUCAGACAGAGCUUCUUGGGGUUAGCAUUUGAGUCGGAUGCACUUUGGCUCGCCACGAUACUUAAGGCUAUUGGCCUCCCACUCAGCGGUGAUGAGGCAAAGUUCUUCAGAGUCAGUUUAGAUCAUAGUCUAUACUUUCAUGAUUUGAAUUUUGAUUCAAGUGAAUGGUUAUAUUUAGACUAUAGGUUCUUAAGUAUGGGAAAUAAUAGGAUCUUAGCAGUGGUGAACUUUUAUACAUUGGAUGGAAAAGCCAUUGCCACUGCUGUGCAAGAAGCAUACGGGUUUUUGCCAAAGAAGAUGAUUGAAGAAUCCCGUGCGUUGCACGAUAAAUGGCAACUGAGAAGGGAUAAGUCUGGUUUGGAAUCUGCCAAAUUGUAA